GGUAAUUGGUUUCUUAACUUCACCGCGUGUGUCUUUACCUCUGAUCCAUCUCCCCCGAGCUUCGCGUUCCUCGUUGACGACCUCUCUACUUCUCCUCCUCCUCCUCCUUCUCGUCGCUCUCUCCGCUCUUGCUCUUCAAUGUGGCGCUCAUCGUCGUCGAGAUUCCUCUUUAGAUCCCUCGCCGGAGCGGCUGGAGUUAGGCCGGCAGUGGGGCGCUGCAGCCGCCCCCUUGAUCGCCUGUCUUCGUCCGCCCCUGACGCUGGUGGUGGUGGUGGUGGAAGUGGAGGUGAAGAGCCCAUGUCGUUUGCGGAGGCGAAGAAGCUCAUGCGGUUGGUGAACGUGGAGGCGCUGAAAAGGAGGUUGGGGAUGGAGGCUGAGGAGGUCAUUGGGUAUUCCGAGCUUCUUAAGGCUUGUGAGGGAAUGGGGGUUGUUAGGUCGCCUGAAGAAGCUGCUGCUUUUGCUCGUGUGUUGGAUGAGGCUGGUGUUGUGCUCUUGUUUCGGGAUAAGGUGUAUCUUCAUCCUGAUAAGGUUGUUGAUCUUGUGAGAAGAGCCAUGCCACUUGCAUUGACACCGGAGAAUGAUCCAAGAAGAGAAGAGCUGAAACAGCUUCAAAAGAAAAAGGAAGAGAUUGACAUGCUCGCCCACAAACAAGUUCGUCGCAUUCUCUGGUCAGGACUUGGAAUCUUUGUCGCCCAAAUCGGUCUUUUCUUUCGUCUAACCUUCUGGGAGUUCUCCUGGGAUGUCAUGGAGCCCGUAGCAUUCUUCGCCACAACAGGCGGCCUUCUUGUUGGUUAUGCUUACUUCCUUUUCACAUCGAGGGAUCCGACAUAUCAGGACUUGAUGAAGAGGCUCUUCGUGUCGAGGCAAAAGAAGUUACAUCAGAAACAUAAUUUCGAUGUAGAGAGGUUCAUGGAACUGCAGAAACACUGCAAAAGCCCUCUAGACCACACAGAACAAUCUGUUGUUCAUCACAGGCUUAUUUACUUCCAUCCUGGCAUACUUUUUUCUUAUUUGAAGAAGAUCAAUUAUAAAAUUAUGCGAAAAAAAUUGUUGUAGAGAUACUAACAAAGUAUUUAUUUUCCAUCAAGAUUUGCACUCCAAUUUGCAAGAGUUUGCAGUUAUGAAAUAUGAUGCAUCUACUGAUAAUUGUAACUCCUAAUGUCAGAUCCUUAUGUUAAACAGUAUUAUAAUUGUUAUGUAUUUUUA